GACGACUGAGAUACCACAACAAUCAUGGCGGCGCUGUUUGUCUGCCUUCGGAUUCAGAAAUGGAGAGAGCCGAACCCUCCUCGUUCCUACGAAAAUCUUGUAUGUAAACAAGGUCAGUCAUACUGCAGCAUACAGUCAACUUGUUCUCCAGUAGAAUUUCUCCUGUGCAUAGAAGACACCAAUCGGCUUACAUUACAACAUUGUGACAGGUAUGUCUUACAAGUUUGUACGAUUCAACUGCAUGAUUGUGUGACAUUUUCUAUAAAAUAUAAUACAGAAUUUCGAUUGCAUGAAAGUCCACAGACGUCACAUAACAGCAUGGAAUUGUUUAGUGUCGCAAAAUAACCUAAUAACUAUCAUGCAUAGUGCAAAAUUGGACAUGUUGCAAUGUCAACCAAGGAUUUAUAGGAUAGGAUCAAGCUCUCUGGGAGUGCCGCAAAGUCACACGACCCUGCUCAUUACUUUGUGCGCAGACUGCGUCUAGACUGGUCUGUAACUGGGUCACUGUCACUCAAACAAAAGAUGCAAUACACAUAGGCCUACUCUGAAUACCUGAAAAAUGUUUCCUGUUUUUGUUUUCAUUAUUUAAUUUGCCUACUGACAGUUUUUUGUGUGCAUUCUAUUCCAUUUCCUUCCAUUGUAUUUAUUUGUAUUCUAUUACAAAAGGUUGACAAAGUUUACCAUGCAUUUUAUAACAAAUGCCACCUGGUUUUGCUCUCCUCAAUGUGUGCUAAUGAAUAUGCAUUUCAUUUAGCAAUAUUAUUAUUUUGCGCCAGUCAUUAUUAUUUGGUCUCUGUUGUGCUUGCCAUCCUCUAUCUGGUUGUGCUUGGCUGUAUCAGGACCUAAAACCCUGUUUGGAAGUCCUCCUGGGUAAUCUGCUAAUGGCUUCAGUGGCACACUGACUAAACUCACGUUCCACAUUUACCCUGCUGCUGACAGCAGAGUUACUGGCUUAGCCCGCAAGGAGUGUGUGUUUGUGUGUUAUGGAAAAACCCAGGCCAAACACAUUACUGCUGGCAGAUGAGACAGCAGCAGAGAGCUUGCAGGGCCAGUCAUGUUAGUGGGCCAAGUAACCUCUGCUCUGACUGUUAUCACUCAUCCUAACCCAGUUAAUGAUCAGUUGAUGCCCCAGGCUCUAGAAGUAGGUAGGACCCCUGCUUCUCUCACAAUGAUAAUAUGACUUGAAUAACAUCCACACAAUAACUAGGUCAGCGUAUCAUUAAAGAUUCCAAAGGGGAGGUAUCCUUCAUGAUGAUGACCACAGAGGUGUUGCUGUUAUGAUUUGGUCCAGUACGAUUAGCCAUGUGUUAUUUACACGUAGGUCCCCUGUAGCUCAGUUGGUAGAGCAUGGCGCUUGCAACGCCAGGGUUGUGGGUUCGUUUCCCACGGGGGGCCAGUAUGAAAAAUGUAUGCACUCACUAACUGUAAGUCGCUCUGGAUAAGAGCGUCUGCUAAAUUACUAAAAUGUAAAUGUAAAAUGUGUUGCCUGUCCUCCACCCUAUGAUUAACUAUUUAAAUAAAUCUUCUUAACAGUGGAGCUGCAUUAUUCCUUUGCCCAUAAUGCCAGCGUCUUUUAACUUGACUGGGGACAGAAUAUAGGGCAGUGGGGUGGAACGGCUGACAUAUUUCUAAUGAAAGUAGGGCAGGGGUAGUUUUAGAUUUCAAACCAUUUGAGUGCCCUUAGAGAAUUUAGGUGGUUCUGUUACCACUGACUCAGAUCAGUGGUGUGGUUUUAGUUCAGUAGCACCUGUCAAUCUGAAAUCCUUACACAGCACAGGAGGCUGCUGAGGGGAGGACGGCUCAUAAUAAUGGCUGGAUUGGAGUGAAUGGAAUGGUAUCAAACACCUGGAAAGCAAGUGUUUGAUGUGUUCGAUACCAUUCCAUUUAUUCCGUUCAAGUGAUUACUAUGAGCCUGUCCUCCCCAAUUAAGGUGCCACCAGCCGCCUGUGUUACACAGGUAGUGUGAUGGAUGGAUCGGCCCACUUGAACAUUGUCAAGUAGAGGUGACCUGCUAUCAGGUGCCCUGUCUGUCAAGGUACAUCUCUAAUGCUGCUUUUUCUUUGUAGAAUCUCAGCACAGUUGCCAAGAUGAUGCAGUGUUUCCACUUUAUAGUUGAGCCGGUCAAGAACAUCACAGCCAAGCUUAAGGUAGGUCAAACUCCUGUCAUGCAUCACAAAUACUCCAAACAACAAAAACACAAUGUGCCUGGAAUCGAACCAGGGUCUGUAGUGAGGCUGUGGAGGGGUGUUGUGGAGGGGUUGUCAUGGUAGCGCCACCAGUUACAUGCUUACUCAAGUUAUUUUUUCCGUAGUUUGAUUUAAUGCCCUAUUGAUUUAUAUUUAAACCAAAUCAAAUCAAAGUUUACUUGUGUGUGUGUUUGUGUGUUAUGGAAAAACCCAGGCCAAACAGAUUACUGCUGUCAGAUGAGAAAGCAGCAGAGAGCUUGCAGGGCCAGUCUUGCUACAGAGGGCCAAGUAACCUGCACAGACUGUUGAUUUGAUUUAGUUUAAUUUGAUUGUGUAAACAAGUAAAUGAGGGUGUUGUUGGGUAGAUAAUAGAUGUAGUCAGGGGGGUUAUGGGAGAGAGGAGAUCUCUUUCUUUCCUGCUGACAGGAGAAGAGCAUGGUGUGCAUUUUGAUAAGGCCAAGUGGCUCCUUCUUUUCUGGGUUGACCUUAUUACUUUCUAAAGCACUAGUAAAAACCCCAAUUUCAGUCCUCUAAAUCAGUUUCCUUUCCUCUUUUCCUACUAUUUCUAUUUCAUUGAAACUUUUGUGUUCUAUGGCUAACUCUUGUCACUCUUUUUUUCCUCCAUCAGGAAUCUCGCAAGAGGGCGAAGAAUGAGAAGAGAGAGCCACUGGAAGCAAAUCAGCUGUUUAUUGUGGAGCUGGCUAGAGAUCUCAAUCGAGUGUGUCAGGUACACUGAAAUAUAUACACACCUUUUGUAACAUCCAUUAUACAGGGUACAAGUAUCCAUUGUCAGGUCUAGUUUGGAGGAUAAACAAGUCUACUAAACCCCCCACUAUACCCUCUCUGCAGAGGUCUGAGGUGCUGGAGAACAUCUGGAAACUAGAGGACAUCUGGCCCACUCCUCUUUGCAGGGCCUUCAUCCUGGAGUGGGCGUCUCUGCUGGAGAGCAAGGUAUGGAGGGCAGGAACCAGUAUAGUGUAACAGCUAUUAAUAUAUACUGUAUAGCUUGCAGGUGACUUUCUCCAAACAUGUGCUGAAUGAGUCUCCACCUGUUGUCAGCAGAAGAGGCCCAUGCAGUCGGAUGGCUGGCCAGAGAAGAGAGAGUGGAGGGAGCAGGACCUGUUCAGUGAGCAGGACAUGGAGAAUGCUAAGAGGACCAUCAUCAACUGGACCAAUGACCUGAGAGCCCAACCUGAGCAAAGUGUGUGGCCUGGGGAGGCUGUGGCUCAGGUUCUGGAGGACCUCCAGGCCGCAUGGAGGAGUCGCCACAUGCCCAACCUCCUGACAGCCAUGGAACUGAUCAUGUGGGUCUUACUGACACAGGGCCUGGACAAGGUGGGGGCCUCCUUCAAUAUCAAUUGUCCCCCUUUAAAAUACAUUAAUGUAUAUUCAUGUUAACAGCUCUGAUAUUUACCAAUGCCGCUAUUCUCCCUCUCCGUCUUUGUGCUUGCAGGAAGCCAUCCCCCAACAGUGGCUCAUAUGGAAGCAGAGGACUCAGAAGAUAGGUGCUGCCCGCUACAUUCCUCACUCAGGUAUGUGAUGCCUUGGACAGGUAUUGACAGAGCCAGAUGUGAUGUUCACAGAAUGUAUCUUUAUUUCCCUAAUAUUUGUUACUAAUCUGUUUUAUCUAUAUUCCAGUAUGGGACUGGAUCUCUAAUGCAGCAGUGGAGAUUUCCCUUGACCUGGACACGGCCAACCCUGACCUGCUGAUCUCCAACGACGAGAAGAAGAUGCGCUGCGGCUUCGAGAGGAAGGACGUGCCAAACUACCACCAGCGCUUCGAUGGCUGGUGGUGUGCCACAGGGGGUGGAGGGCUUCAACUCUGGCCGCCACUACUGGGAGGUGGAGGUGGGGGAGCGGGACUUUCGGCUGGGCGUGGCCAAGGAGUCAGCCCUGAGGAAGGGCUUCAAGUCCCUGAACACAGACACGGGCUACCUGACCCUGCGCCUGGAGAGGGGCACGGAACUCAAGGCCCUGACUGUGCCCUUCACUGCCCUGCCGCCAGGCCUCAUCCCCCGCAAGGUGGCCGUCUACCUGGACUAUGACCAGGGCCAGCUGUCCUUCUAUGACGUAGACAGCCGCUCCCACAUCUACACCUACAACGAGAGCUUCAACGAGAAGCUGUUCCCUCUGUUCGGCACUACAGAGAUCAUUAAGGACCUGGUGAUCAAGUCCCCUAGGAGCAAGGCCUACUGCCUAUGUCCCUCCCUGUGCCUGUGGGGCUGAACACUCCCUCUUAACACCAUCCCUCCACCCUAUGGUUACCCUCUCAUCACUCCUGUAGAGUAAUCAGAACCUUCAUUACUGUAAAGAAUAAAACCAUCAUGCUAUUGAAUAGCUAUGUGACCACUGAUGCUGCUGCUUCUAUGUGAUUCUUUCUGCCUCUUCCUUACUCGAGUUAUGCUGUGCACUCACAUGCUCUGUAUUUUCGCACAUUUGAAAGAAUACUGUAGUAUUAUUGUCAUCUAUUGUGAAAUAUUAAUCCUGCAAUAACAAUGCACUUUCUGUGAUGAAUAAAUAUAUGAAACUCAAAAGUC